UUUUUCUGUGGUAAAUGGUAAAAGUAUAUUAACUUUACUAACUUCUUUACAUUGGGUUUAUAGGGUGCCACCCAGUAGGGCAGAGUGUGAGUGUCAGAGUGUGAGUGUCAGAGUGUGAGUGUCAGAGUGUGAGUGUCAGAGUGUGAGUGUCAGAGUGUGAGUGUCAGUCAUUUCCCUGGAGCUGCAAUCUGGAUGGGUUGGGAAAUAUAACAAAGAGACCACAGUGGGUUUCACAAGACGGAGCCGUGUUUACUCAGCGCCCAGCGAGUGGUAUCAGCGCCGAUACCCAAUAACUGGGUCUUAAAUUUCCCAACUGUCGGAGUGUAAAAAGGGAGGAUUCCCUGGUACAGAACCAGAAGGCUUUCUGAUCCAACAGAGUUGCCACCAUGACUGGGAUUGUGCCCAAGAAUAAGGCCCGCGGGGUGGAUUUUUGUGGAGUUGAUAAAUAUUACUACAUUGUUCGAUCUGAUCUGUAUUGUUACAUGAGAUCAAGCAACUUCAAGAAGGGUUACGAUAUCAAUAUUUUUACCCUCCACCCCUCGUGUAGAGACGGGGACCAUUACCUGGCCCAUCAAGAUGGCUACUUCUACAUCAUUAAGGGCAACAGCUACCGUCGGGUCACUAAUAUGAAUACAGAUGACAAUGCAGUCGUCUACUCGCUGCAUCCCAACUGCCAGGGGGGAGACCAUUACCUGUCGGCUUUUGGCUGUUACUACAUCAUCUACCAGAGCCGAGGUGUCUAUCGUCGCACAAUGAGCAUGAACAAGGAUGAAAACAGUGUAGAAUAUACUCUCCAUCCAAACUGUAAAAAUGGCCUGUACUAUUUUGGAUUAAAAAACUACUACUAUUUUGUAAAGCCCCAUGAUGAGUGGGGGCUUCAUUACUACAAAACCACCAGCUUCAACAAAGAUGAAGCUAGCCAGACAUUUUCUUUUCAUCCCUCUGUCAUCAACUUUCUCCCAGGGGGCUUGGCCAUCACCAAAGGUCCAUCAUUUGGCAGGUGGGAGUGCAUCAAAACCAUUUCCAAUGAUUCCGACACUCCAGUUACCUGGUCCAAGAAGAUCACCAAGAAGGUCGGCUAUGAGAAAGCAAAGAUGUCCAGUAUAGGGCACAACUGGAAAAUAUCUCUUACAACCAGUAUGGAAACUGGGGGCUUGUUGGCUCUAAUUGCAAAGGCACAGUUCUCUCUCAGCACUGAAUAUGGAGGAUCCAAAGUCAAUACGGAGAGUGAGAACUGGACCCAGGCUACUGAGGUGGAAGAAUCAAUGACCAUCACGUUACAGCCCAAUAAAUCAAUGUAUAUCUGGCAGUACCAAGUUGGCUUGGGGUCCAAAGCAGUUCUGCACUGCCGCGAUACCAGGUAUAAGAGUGAUCCAACCCCACCUACAGAUAAUCCACUGCCCCCAGCAUGAAAAUAGCCUCGAUAGUUCUGCCAUUGGCUGUUGCUAAGGUCGGAUCAAAUUGCAAACAUUUUCCUUUUGCAUUUUCUGAUUUUCCAGUUUCUUUAAACUGUAACGCAAGCGCCACACAAGUGUUAAUGACGAACAAAGGAAACAGAGGAUAAAUCAGGAUCAUUAGCCUCUAAUCUCUAAAGGCCAAAGGAGUGAAAAUAUAAGAAAACCACAAGAAUUGAUGCCUAAUGAUUGAAGGACUUUUUCACAGUUCGUCUAGAACUAAUAGCCAGCUUGCUACGUCUCUUUUUCUGUAUGAUGGUAGGAUAGGCCAUAUGUAUGUAAGAAGGUAUAAAAAGGUAUUGUGUUACCCAACCUCUUUGCAAAGAUCUCACUGCUUUGUCCAAUGAUAUCGCUGUCUGCAAUAAAUCACGAUAAUGAGUUA